CAUCACUCCUCGCUUCAUAUACUUGAUUCUCGUUUCUUCUUCCUCAAACUCUUUCGUCUUUUGAUAAUUGAUAUGCAAACUCUGGAGGAAUUUGUGGGUUCUAAUGAUCAGACCCUGAUCACCAAAGGCAAGCGCACCAAGCGCCAAAGGUCAGUCUCUCCGUUUGGCCUUGCUAACAGGACUUCCAGCUCGUCCAGCGGUUGUGAUGGCCGAGAAAGAGCAAGUGCCGAGGAUUACAAUUCAAUUUCUUCUCCUACAACUUCCGCAGGUGAGAUUUAUGAGAGCACUACUGAAGAAGAUGAGGACCUGGCUAAUUGUUUAAUUAUGUUGGCCCGAGGCCAUGGAGCUCAGCGGAUUAAAGAAAAUCGUGUUACCAAUAUGCAGGGGAGGCUCAGUUCUCGGAAAUUCUCAGAAUUAGCCACCGCCGAGACUAACAAGGGGGCGGUUGGUUUUUAUGUAUACGAGUGCAAAACCUGCAACCGCUCCUUCCCGUCGUUCCAGGCACUGGGAGGCCACAGGGCCAGCCAUAAGAAGCCAAAGACGACGGUGGAGGAGAAGAAAUCCCCAGUUUCGCCGCCACCGCAGAAGGAUGAUUCCGAAGAAGGGAGAUUCAACAGGAACAGUCCUUUUCUCGCACUGCAAGUUAACGACAACAAUAAGGCUAAAAUCCAUGGGUGUUCGAUUUGUGGGUCGGAAUUCGCGUCCGGUCAAGCCCUCGGCGGUCACAUGAGACGGCACCGGGCUGCUGCUGCUGCCUCCGCCGCCGCCGCAGCAGCCAAUCAAUCGACUCCGAGUACCGAUACAAGCACCACAGUUGACUCCAACAACGGCACCGACGACGUCAAACCCAGAAAUAUUCUACAGUUGGAUCUCAACCUGCCGGCACCGGAGGAAGAUCUCCGGGAUACUAAGUUCCAGUUUGGGUCAUCCCAACAAACUCUGGUCUUCUCCACACCGGCUCUGGUAGAUUGUCAUUACUGAAAAACCAAAACCAUAGAAAAACACAGCGGUAGUUGUCAAAUUGUCAAUGUUAAUUAUAUAAAUUCCAUAAUGUUCAUCACAAAUAUAAAUUCUUUGAAUUAAUUUCCUUUUUCUUA